AAGCUAGCAGACUCGCUUGCCCUUCGUCGCCUACCCCACCACCGGUAACCUCGUUCUAUUCUCCGUUUUUGUUACUUCAACCUCGAUAUGCCGGCUAAGGGAACUCGCUCUACUGGUGGUGCUGCCAAGAACACGCCCACUCCCAACGAGGCCUCACGGAUACAGUCCACCCAGGCCAAAGGUGGCAACGAUACCGGCAAGGGCAGCUUUCCCUCGCGAAUCCAGGGAGCCGCUGCAAAGGGCCUUAACGCGGCUGCGGGAGCGAAGGCUCCUAAGAGCACGAAGUAGUCCUGUUAUCGUCUCGUAAGGGUUCUCCGGGCGAGCACGGUGUCAUAGAGUCAUAGAGGUUAGAAGCCCGCUAGACGACGGGCUUUGGCCAUACUCAAGAGAGAGCCUUUGCGUAGCGGUAUGGGCUAACAACUGGAUGAGGAAGGCAUAUUUGUACCUGUAUCUCAACACAAGCAGAAGACGUCGUGAUUAUCAAUAGUUUAUUCUUCCUGCUAGC